UAACAAAGUAACAACAAAGGUAACAAGAAAAAAUAAGAUGAAAAACAAAAAAACAGAAAGAAAAAAAUAAGAAAAAGUGAGAAUUUGAAGUUUAGAGUUUACAGAGAGAUGAUUGAGUUCUUCUGAUUUGUAUUGACGGUGAAUGACAUGGUUCGUCCGUCGGUAAAAGUGGGUUCCGCCAAAUUGGUUCUGAUCUGCGUUACUCUUCUAGGGUUUGCUCUCAUUGCCGAUUUUCUCUGGGCUUCUUCUUCUUCCCCUUCUUCCUAUUUCUCUCUUCCCAAUUCCAAACCCUCCACCACCUUCAUUGUCCCCAAAGAGAACAAGAACAAGAAGAAAGAUGGUAGUUCUGUUAGAUUGCUUGCAGAUGCUUAUGCAGAUUUGCCUGGUCCUCAACUCACUUGGCAAAAAAUGGCAACUUCACCUGUUCCUCGUCUUGAUGGUGCUGCUAUUCAGAUUCGAAAUCGUCUCUUUGUUUUUGCUGGAUAUGGCACCAUUAAUCUUGUACAUUCUCAUGUUGAUAUAUAUAAUUUUGAUGAUGGAACUUGGGGAGAAAGUUUUGACAUGCCAAAAGAAAUGGCACAUUCGCAUUUAGGAAUGGUGACAGAUGGAAGAUACAUUUAUGUAGUUACUGGGCAGUACGGCCCACAAUGUAGAGGUCCCACCGCUCGUAACUUUGUGCUUGACACUGAAACAAAGCAAUGGAGUGAUCUCCCUUCUUUGCCAGUCCCUAGAUAUGCACCAGCAACUCAACUUUGGAGAGGUAGAUUGCAUGUGAUGGGUGGCAGUAAAGAGAAUCGACAUACACCUGGAUUAGAACAUUGGAGUCUUGCUGUCAAGAAUGGAAGAGCAUUAGAAAAGGAGUGGAGAAGUGAAAUACCCAUUCCCCGUGGAGGACCUCACAGGGCUUGUGUUGUGGCCAAUGAUCGUCUCUAUGUUAUUGGUGGUCAAGAAGGUGAUUUUAUGGCCAAACCUGGGUCACCUAUUUUUAAGUGCUCACGCAGGAUGGAGGUGGUCUUUAGUGAUGUUUACAUGUUGGAUGACGAGAUGAAGUGGAAAGAGCUACCUCCAAUGCCAAAACCAAAUUCACAUAUUGAAUUUGCGUGGGUGCUUGUAAACAAUUCAAUUGUUAUUCUUGGAGGCACCACAGAAAAGCACCCUGAAACCAAGAAAAUGGUUUUAAACGGAGAAGUGGUCCAGUUUAACUUGAAUACUUUGAAGUGGUCAGUGAUUGGAAAAUUACCAUACCGGGUGAAAACGACUUUAGUAGGAUUUUGGAAUGGAUGGUUGUACUUCACUUCAGGACAGAGAGACAAGGGACCCGAUGAUCCAUCACCAAAAAAGGUCAUUGGAGAAAUGUGGAGAACAAAAUUAAAAUUGAAUGAGUGAGAGCAAUUGUUGUGGAAUCUUUUCGCAUCUUCCUUAUUUAAUAUCCGAAAAUUGCAGCAGAGGUGAAGAGGCCAAAAUGUUACAUAUUCUUUGUCGCCAGAAUGUUCGUUGUUGUAAUUAACUGAGAAUGACUAAUUCAAUUCGACAUUAAUAGUUGUUGUUACAGACCUUAUUAUACAAAAGGAAAAAUUACACUCACCUUU